AUGGAGGCUGGGAAUGGCACAGAGGAGACCCCGCUGCCCCUGGUGCUCAGCAGGUUCCAGCUCUCCGAGGAGUACGGCUUCCUUCUUCCCUGUCCUCUGGCAGAGCUGCCGGCGCCCUAUGGCCCCUGGAUGGAGAUUGCCCACGACCUGCCUCAGCUCAUCGCCAGCCAUCAGCUCCGCUCACGAGUUCACCAGAUGCCACAGCUGAGCACCCAGCACCUGCAAGGACACGAGGAGCUGCAUUUGGCACAUCUGGUGCUCAGCUUCAUCACGAUGGGCUACGUCUGGCAGGAGGGCGAGGAGGGCACUGUGAAGGUCCUGCCCCGAAAUCUUGCUGUCCCCUUCUGGGAGGUGUCACAGGCUCUCGGCCUCCCCCCCAUCCUCAGCCAUGCGGACUUUGUGUUGGCCAACUGGAGGAGGAAGAACCCCAAUGGGCCUCUGGAAAUUGAGAACCUGGACACCAUCAUCUCACUGCCCGGUGGACAGAGCUUGCAAGGCUUCAUCCUGGUCACCCUCCUGGUGGAGAAGGCUGCUGUUCCUGGGAUUAAGGCCAUCGUUCAGGCCAUUCAUGCCAUCCUGCAGCUGGAUGAGGAGACCCUGCACAAUGCCCUGCAGGAGCUGGCAGAGGCCAUCAGGGACAUGGGCAAGGCUUUGCAGCGGAUGCACGACUAUGUGGACCCAACAGUAUUUUACACUGUGAUCCGGAUUUUUCUCUCUGGCUGGAAGGACAACCCUGCCAUGCCAGACGGGCUCAUCUACGAGGGUGUGUGUGAGCAGCCCAUGGCCUUCUCGGGGGGCAGCGCGGCGCAGAGCACUGUCCUGCACGCUUUCGAUGAGCUCCUGGGGAUCCGCCACAGCCAGGAGAGCACUGCGUUCCUGCACAGGAUGAGGGACUACAUGCCCACACCCCACAGAGCCUUUGUGGAGGAGCUGCACCGUGCCCCCUCCCUGAAGCAGCACGUGCUGUCCUCCGGGGACGCGCGGCUCUGCGCCGCUUUCAACCGGUGCGUCUCGGCGCUGGCAGAUUUCAGGUCCCACCACAUCACCAUCGUCACCAAGUACAUCAGUGUUGCAGCAGCCAAGGCCAAGGCCGAGCGAGCAGAGCCGGGCAACAGGGCUGGCCCUUCCACGGGGAAGCCUCCAUCUGCACUGGAAUCCAAAGGGACUGGAGGGUCCCAUAUCUUCAGCUUCCUGAAGAGUGUCAGGGACACCACGAGGGAGGGGAUGAUAAGUGCCUGA